CAGAGCGUAGUUCCGCUUCUCUACUCCGUUUGUGUUUUGACUGUUUAUUGUGGAGCUCUUCCCUUCUUCGGAUCAGCAGAAGUCAGUGGUGAAAGAGACUGACAGUCGGCGAUUCGCGCUUCGGUAAAAAGAAAAAGCAGGAGAAAGAUGGCGUCUGAUUCUCCCCGCAGACCGAGCCGCUGCGCCGGGGGAGUUCUGGUGCGAGCACAAGCUGCUACGGAGCAGUCGUACAUGGAAAGUGUUGUCACCUUUCUGCAAGAUGUGGUCCCUCAGGCAUAUACUGGGGCUCCACCUACUGAUGAGAAAGAGAAAAUCAUCUGGGUCCGAUUUGAGAAAGCAGACCUCAAUGAUACUUCACGUAACCCGGAGUUUCUGGAGAUGCACAGUGGUACCUCUGACCCUCCUCUCUGCCUCAUGAUCGGCUACACUGAUGGCAUGCAGAUCUGGAGCAUAUCUUUGGCAGGAGAAGCCCAAGAGCUGUUCUCGGUGCGUCAUGGACCUGUGCGAGCUGCUCGGAUACUUCCUGCUCCUCACAUCAGUCCUCUGAAAACAGACAGCUUUGCUGAGAAGAGGCCAUUGUUGGGGGUCUGUAAGAGCGCAGGGUCCUCAGGAACAAGCCCCCCUUAUUGUUGUGCUGACCUGUAUUCUUUACGGACAGGCGAAAUGGUUAAAUCCAUUCAGUUCAAGACACCAAUCUAUGAUCUCCACUGCAACAAACAUAUUCUUGUGGUGAGCCUUCAAGAGAAAAUCGCAGCCUUUGACAGCUGCACUUUCACCAAGAAGUUUUUUGUUACAAGCUGCUAUCCCUGCCCUGGUCCCUGCCUCAAUCCAAUAGCCCUGGGAAACCGCUGGCUCGCCUACGCGGAGAACAAGUUAAUAAGAUGUCACCAGUCUCAUGGAGGAGCCUGUGGUGACAACACACAGUCCUAUACAGCUACAGUGAUCAAUGCUGCCAAAACUUUAAAAACAGGCCUAACAAUUGUGAGCAAAGUUGUUACCCAGCUGGCCGGCACCUUACCGGCAGGCACACCAGACGAAGAGGGAACAACUCACAGUGCAAGUCGUCGCACCCCCCAUAGUCCUGGCGUGAUUACCAUCAUUGACACAGACAGUGUUGGCGAAGGACAGGUCCUGGUGAGUGAGGACUCGGAUGGAGAGGGAGUGGUGGCUCACUUUCCAGCACAUGACAAACCCAUAUCCUGCAUGCAGUUCAACCCUAGUGGAAUGCUCCUGGUGACAGCCGACACGCUGGGCCAUGACUUCCAUGUGUUCCAGAUUCUCACCCACCCCUGGGCAUCCUCACAGAGUGCUGUCCACCAUCUCUAUACGCUGCACCGUGGGGAGACCGAGGCCAAGGUCCAAGACAUGUGCUUCAGCCAGGACAGUCGCUGGGUAGCCAUCAGCACUCUUCGUGGCACAAGCCACGUGUUUCCAAUCAACCCUUAUGGUGGCGCACCCUGUGCCCGCACCCACAUGUCCCCGCGGGUGGUGAACCGGAUGUCACGCUUCCAAAAAAGCGCCGGCCUGGAAGAGAUCGAGCAGGAGCUGAACAGGGCGGCUGCUGUGGGUGGAGGAGCUGGAGGGAUAGGAGGAAGCAGCUGCAUUCUGGGCGGAGGAGGCGGCAUGGGCGGCCGUUGUAGUCCCAUACCUGGCAUGUCCAGCAGCCCCUCAGGGUCUCCACUGCAUGCCAAAAUGAGCAGCCAGGAUUUAUACAACAACUUCACCAACAACAACAUGGGGAAUCCACGGCUCACCUCACUGCCCAGCCUCACCGUGGUGCUGCCUCUGGCUCAGAUCAAACAGCCCAUGACUCUGGGUACCAUGACGAAACGCACAGGACCUUACCUCUUUGGGGCGGGAUGUUUUGCCAUUAAAACUCCAUGUAAAGCUAAACCACCCCCGCAGAUCUCUCCAAGCAAGUCCAGUGGAGGAGAGUUUUGCAUUGCUGCCAUCUUUGCCUCCUCUCGCUCCUGGUUCAUCACAAAUCCCAGCAUGAAAAGAGAUAAAGAUCAGUCCCGGCAAUCAGUUGUGGACUCACUGUACAUAAUCAGUUGCUAUGGUAACGUGGUGGAGCAUGUCUUGGAGCCUCGGCCAAUUAGCACUGCACAAAAGAUAAGCGAUGAGUCUGCGUUGGAGUUGAGCACCUCUCCCAGAGCAUGCUGGACAUUAGCCAGGACUCCGCAGUGGAACGAGUUGCAGCCACCUUUCAACUCUAACCACCCCCUCGUGUUGGCCUCAGAUCUGGUUCAGUACUAUCAGUAUCUUCUUGCUGGGAUUACCCCAGGAAGCCCAGGUCCAAUCACACGUCACGAGUCAUCUGACAGCCUGGCAUCAGAUCACAGUGGCCAAGACGAUGAAGAGUGGCUCUCUCAGGUGGAGAUUGUUACCCACACAGGCCCCCACCGCCGCCUGUGGAUGGGCCCCCAAUUUCAAUUUAAGACUAUUCACCCAUCUGGUCAGACCACAGUCAUCUCCUCAUCUUCCUCAGUGCUCCAGUCCCACGGGCCCUCUGAUGUACAACAGCCCCUUUUGGACUUUGACACAGAUGACCUGGACCUUCGCAGUCUUCGAAUCCAGCCAGUACGUUCAGAGCCAGUCAGCAUGCCCGGAUCAUCUCGACUGGUGACCGAUCGCAGAGGACAAACCAACAUCAUGGAUGCCAGCUCAGGCCAAUUUGAUGGACGUGGUGUGACCCUGCUGGAGGUAUGUGGGAGCUGGCCGGAGAGCUUUGGUGUGCCCAGGCACCAUAUUGGAUCUGCAGACAUCAGCGACGAAGGCCUGCGGGAGAGACUAGCUGAUGCCAUGAACGAGUCUCCUUCAAGGGACAUAGUGGGCUCUGCUACAGAGCUGCAAAGGGAGGGCAGCAUCGAAACCCUCAGUAACAGCUCAGGUUCCACGAGCGGCAGCAUCCCACGCAACUUCGAAGGAUACCGCUCCCCUCUGCCCACCAACGAGAGCCAGCCGCUCAGCCUCUUCCCCACCAAUUUCCCCUAAAGCCCCACCUCUCCUCCUCCGACUGGCCAGCCUGCUCACAUACAAGUUACACUGAAAUAAACAUGUUUUUAUCUGCUCUCAUACAGCUGGUCAGAAAUCAGCAGGAGCCCAGCUGGUUACGUUGAUAGGAUUCCGAGUUGUGAUGCUCUUGUUUGGUGAAGCUUUUUAGUCACUUGUAAUGCCAGAUUUCCCCAAAUUUGGUCAAUGUCAAAGUGGAGACAUGUUUUGAAAGCUAUAAAAAAAUUCCCAAACCGUUUAUGAGUCUGAUCCACUUGGGAGGUGUCAGGAACUGUUUUUAACAGGAGUUUGUGUUUUUUUAACUGUACCCCCCAGAUCAAUCUGACGCUGGCUGUUACCUUGUUGUUCCGUCCACUGAGACAUUGCAAAUGAGUUGUUGUCCCCUGUGCUGCUCCGUCGUCCUCCACGUGUGUUCCUGAGGUUUGAUGGAGUGCCUAUUGUCUGUUAGGGCUGUAAGGAAAGGAUCACCAGCAGAGGAGGAAAAAUGUUUAUUCCAGUCAGUGAUGUGUAGCAGCUCCUUUUUCCCUCCCUGUGUGUGUGUGUGUGGGUGUGUGUGACUGCUCUCAUGGCCUCUCGCUAAAUGUUUUUGAUUGAAUUUUCUCCCUUCUAGCCUUUGAUUUUCAUGUAAUUACAUUUGACAAAAGAAGCAGUAAUGAGAUGACACUAUUACUACAUUGCAGGAGUAAUUUAGAUGUUUACUGUAUAAUUUUGAUAUGUUUCUGAAUUUUUUUAGAUAGAUUCUCAGUGCUCUUCUCAGCCUUUCCUUUUAGUACAUUCUAAUUGUGCACGCUAAAGUUGGCCAUCUGUCUCUCUGUAUUUUCUUUACAUGUUUUGACCAAAAUCUAGAAAAGACUGUAGAUGUUUGAAGCCAUGUAUUAUCCUCACACAUGCCGGCUUUUCCUCUAGCGAAGAAUCCUGAGUGAUGAUCUAUGAGUCCUUUUAUGAAAGUAAUUUUCCUGUUAUUUGUGAAUUAGUUUUUUGAAUCGAUGUAAAGUAAUUGCACUUUUUACAAACUGGCAGUGUUGUGAACGUCUUCUGCAUGACAGUCAUCAGAUGGACUGAAAAGAUCAUGAAUUUAAAAAUUGUGAGCAACCGCUUGUUGUUUGUAAGAAUAUGACUUUACUUUCCUGCAUCCAUGCAUCAAAAGCUUAAUAAAAGUGGAGGAAGUUGA